GCGCUUUUACGUGUAGGAGCAAGCAUGACCAGAGAUUACCAGGGCGCAUAGGAUGUCGGCAAAGCUAGGAAACGUGCGGACAGACUUGUGCAACUAUCGUAUAUAAAUCGGUGACGAGAGAGAGGGGAGCAAGUGCUAGACAUUCUUCUAAGCAUACAGUUCUAGAUAACGGACUAAAGGGAGAUACGAUAACCAAACAGGAAUUACGGUGGUUCCUCUGCAAACUGCUGUUUGGACUGCCUACAUUGUUAACCUUGCAAAUGAGAGCCUAGUUUUAGAAGGGGAAACUCAAACAAAGUAUUUAACUUGGAGUUAUUUGAUCUUUCAUGAGGAAGUCAGGCAGUGAAACAUAAUUCAAGAUGGAGAAUAUGGAAGCUGGGAAGAAAAAGAAGGGAGUGACCUGUUACCUCCUCUACUGCAUCACUACAGCCGUCAUCGGCUCCCUGCAGUUCGGAUACAACACUGGAGUCAUCAAUGCCCCUGAGCAGAAACUGCGACGGUUCUUCCAGAAUGUGUCUAUGGAUCGUUAUGGAGAACCCUUCUCCUCUGGGACUAACACCAUGGUUUGGAGCUUCGCUGUGGCCAUCUUCAGUGUGGGGGGCAUGGUUGGGUCCUUGUCUGUGGGGGUCAUGGUGGACAGGUUUGGGAGGCGGAAGUCCAUGCUCCUGGCCAAUGUGCUGGCCCUUCUGGGUGGAACUCUGAUGGGUCUGUCCAGCCUGUGUAAGUCCUUUGAGAUGGUCAUCAUUGGCAGGCUGGUCAUUGGCGUGUUCUGUGGCCUGUGUACGGGACUGACGCCCAUGUAUGUGGGAGAGCUGGCCCCCACGCACCUCAGGGGGGCCUUCGGCACCCUCCACCAGCUGGGAGUGGUCAUUGGCAUCCUGGUGGCACAGGUCUUUGGUCUGGAGUUUUUGCUGGGGUCAGACUCCCUGUGGCCCCUCCUGCUGUCCCUGACGGCCAUCCCUGCUGUGGUGCAGUGCAUCAUGUUGCCCUUCUGCCCAGAGAGCCCCCGCUACCUCCUCAUCAGCCUAAACCAGGAGGAGGAGGCUCGCAAAGCCCUGGUGCGUCUGCGUGGCUGUGAGGACGUAAGUGAUGACAUCCAGGAGAUGAAGGAAGAAGGGAUGAAGAUGGGCAUGGAGAAGAAGGUCACUAUUCCAGAACUCUUCCGCUCGCCAGCCUACCGUCAGCCAAUCAUCAUCGCCAUCAUCCUGCAGCUCUCCCAGCAGCUCUCUGGCAUCAACGCGGUAUUCUACUAUUCGACAGGUAUAUUUGACACUGCCGGGGUGACCCAGCCCAUCUACGCCACUAUAGGAGCUGGGGUGGUCAACACUCUAUUCACAGUGGUGUCUCUCUUUCUGGUGGAGAGGGCAGGACGAAGGACCCUGCACCUUAUCGGAUUGGCUGGAAUGGCUGUCAGUGCUCUGCUCAUGACCAUCUCCCUCUCAUUGGUGAAGACCAACCCGUCUCUGAGCUACCUGGCCAUCGUGGCGGUGUUUGCCUUCGUGGCCAGUUUUGAGAUGGGUCCGGGUCCUAUCCCAUGGUUCAUAGUUGCUGAGUUGUUCUCCCAGGGGCCUCGGCCUGCAGCUAUGGCCGUCGCCGGCUGCUCCAACUGGACCGCCAACUUCCUGGUCGGGCUGGGCUUCCCCAAACUGGAGGAGCUGUGUGGUCCUUACGUCUUCAUCAUCUUCAUGAUCUUCCUCAUAUUCUUCAUCGUCUUCACCUACUUCAAAGUCCCGGAGACCAAGGGGCGGACCUUUGACGACAUUGCCAAAGGAUUUGCCGGCACUGCGGGAGCCCAAUCUCCUCCUCCAGAGGGUAUGGUCACCCUGCCUGUCUCCCCGACAACGGAGAAAGUUCCAAUGGUUGAGUUUCCGACGGAAGAGAAGGAGAAGAAGGGAUCGUCAGCGAAUCCGUAGAUAGUGGAACAGUUAGAGAACAGGGUUACAGGGUUAGACAAGCCCCUUGUGCAUAGAUACUGUAAUGUAGUUUAAGUUCAAAACAAAACUUUUUUUUAUCCAUUUGAGGUUGAAUUGGACUUUUAAAGUGCAGGACUAGAGAUAUGCACUGUUAUGGAAAGGAGCUUCCAUAUGAAAUAGCAGCUUAGUGUCGGGUGUGUGUAUAGUGUGUGUUGGGAAUAGGGUCGGGGAUGAUAAUGCAGGCAUCAUGAGAGUACGUGUCAAAGAGGAUUUAUGUUUACUGUGUGUCAGUAUGUGUGUGUGUGUGUGUGUGUGUGUGUGUGUGUGUGUGUGUGUGUGUGUGUGUGUGUGUGUGUGUGUGUGUGUGUGUGUGUGUGCCUUCAGCCAUUUUCUUUUAAACUGCCUAAAGUAUUUAUUACUGUAAGUUAUUAAUGAUAAUUUGUAAUGAUCUUUUACCAAUGCCCAAGUAAUUUAUGACAUUUAUUUUUAGGUGACUUACCUCAUAGAGGUAAUCAUUAAUUAAUCAAUGACAAUUUUUUACGGCACUUUUUAAUGAUUGACAUUACAAUAAAAACCUUUAUAGUAUUAGCAUUUAAGAGGAUAAACAUUCCAACAAAUAUGUUCAGUAAUAAACUUCCCGUAUUGUCCUUCACUUGGGUGAAAGGGUAUUAGGAUUUGGCUUGAUGUGUACUGAGGUCAGUGGGUUUGGGAGGGCAGUACGGGAACCUAAACAUCCUCUCUGCCUGGUGUAUCCUAACCGAGCCUAUCUGUCUCUCUGCCUGGUGUAUCCUAACCCAGCCUAUCUGUCUCUCUGCCUGGUGUAUCCUAACCUAGCCUAUCUGUCUCUCUGCCUGGUGUAUCCUAACCUAGCCUAUCUGUCUCUCUGCCUGGUGUAUCCUAACCUAGCCUAUCUGUCUCUCUGCCUGGUGUAUCCUAACCUAGCCUAUCUGUCUCUCUGCCUGGUGUAUCCUAACCCAGCCUAUCUGUCUCUCUGCCUGGUGUAUCCUAACCUAGCCUAUCUGUCUCUCUGCCUGGUGUAU